GAAACUCGGGAUGCAGUCCGACUUCCUUUCCAUCAGAUCGCCCAUUCAUUAUUCCUUUUAUCUAUCCUCGGUCCAAGUUCGAAAUUGAACCGACUGCUAUCAACUGGCCGUGCAAGACUAGCGCUUUUUGGACAGACAAUCUCCUCUCUUCCAUCCCUUGUUUGUUGUGUUCUUAUCAUACAGUGAUCUUCAUCGGAAAUCCCAGCGCUAACUAGUGAUGCGGGGAGUAAAGAAAUCCCGUAACGGCUGUGCAAGAUGUAAGAGUAAACGACUCAAAUGCGAUGAACAGAAGCCAGAUUGCGGACGAUGCUCGCGUCUUGGGGUCAAGUGCCCCGGAUACGUCCAAUCUCUCCGCUGGGUUACCAAGCAUGAGGUCUUGGAGAAUUCUCAAAGACCAGGGACUUCAGCGGGCUCAGCAACCGCUCCGGAACCGACUGAUAGCAUGAAUGCCCCGGGAGACACUCCAUUAACGUUCAACAGUGCCCCGACGCAUCAGCAGACUUCUCCGUCUCAAUUUGAGGCUGGAGAGUCUAUAAUGGACCAAGCAAGUCAAUUGCAGGAAGAUCCCUGGGACGUCAACCUGUCUGAUCCGUUCGCGACGCUGUCCCAGGAGUUUGAGCAGCCUAUUCCUGCAGAUCCGACAUUGGGGUAUGGGACAGCCGGGAGUUCAAAUCAGGACACUCCACGCCGACUGUCGACAAGAUCGACAGGCGUGAACAAUCAAAAUGAGACGUCAGCCUAUGGUUCCUUCUCUCCGUCCUCCCUCGUCAGAAACUAUCCCCCUGAGCCUUCCAACGCAGCACCAGGCUCUCCCUACAGUGAUCGGUUUAACUUCUUUCUCCCUCUCCAACGGACUUUGAACGACCCGUCCUCAACGUUGAUAGAGUAUUAUUUCAAAGAGGUGGCUGGAUUAUUCUCUAGCUAUGACAGUCAGAUGAACCCGUUUCGGACGACGGUCUCCCGCCUCUGGGGUUCAUCACUCGCCAUGUGCCGUACUUUACAGAGCAUGGCGGCAGCAACGUUGGUUGGUGACUUCCCUCAGUUCGGCCCGAUAGGACUGAAGAUGCGGAGAGAGGCGAUUGAGAUUCUAAAGAAUGAAUCUGUCAUGGACGACAAGUCGCUUCUGGCCCUACUGAUGCUAGGCCAGACAGCCAGCUGGCACAACCCUAACGAUUUGGGUAUCUCAUUCUUCAACCUACUACGAAAGCAUCUAAACAGCUUAUCCUCAAAUAAUCAGAAUUACCGCGUUGCUGCUGGAAACAACUAUCAGUUCUUCGAAGAGGCCUUGAUAUAUUGGGAGAUGCUGCUAUCAUACGUGACGGAAAACGACUCCCUCGCCUCGUCCAGAGGGCCAGCCUCUCAAACAGACGAUUCUAUAGUUCUCCAACGGGUUCCUCAUCCAUGGACCGGCAUUGCCCGAGACACACAGUUCACUGUACAAGAAGUCGGCCGGCUCAUCCGUCGCGAGAGAAGUCGCGUCCGGUCCAGACGGUUCACUUCGCACUUUGAUAUCACUCAAGCACAGCUAGCCAUCGAACGAGCACGAGAGCUCGAAGAGAAACUACUCAACCUCGCCCAUCCCGGAGAAGCUGAAAUCGUCAGUCCUGGAGACUUCGACACCCCUGUAUGGCAUCUCCUCACCAUGGCAGAAGUAUACCGCUGCACCGGCCUCAUCCAGCUCUACAGAGUCUUCCCCGACCUUCUCCGCCGCCGAAUCCCAUCAUCCCGCGACUCACCCGCAGCAGACAGACAGGGGACUCCAUUCUCCCAACUCGACGCCGUCCACAUGCUAGACGACCUCCUGCUCGACGAAGACAGCAACCCCAACAACACCGGCACCGAACUCUCAGACACCGUCCGAGACAACUGGCUCACCACAUUCGCUAUAACCACUCUCUCCCGUCUAAAGACCAUCCCUCUCGAAUCCCGCACAAGAUGUCUCCAACCUUUCCUCCUCGUCGCAUCCUGCAGCGAACUCCGUCUUCCACCCGUCUCAACUACCUCCUCAUCCGAGGACGCCGCGGUGGAGAUAUCCUCGCAUGCAAUCGACGUCUCGCGGACGCGCAAAUUCAUCCUGAGCCGUCUGAGCUGUUUCUUGCAUGUUCUACCACCGAAACCAAUCCAGGUGUGUUUGAAUCUAGUGCAGGAGACGUGGAAUAGGAUGGAUGCUGGUGAGACGGGUGUGUAUUGGAUGGAUGUCAUGAUUGAGAAUGGAUGGGAGACUACGAUGGGGUGAUAUAUGGGAUUUGAUCUUUCUUUUUCUUUUUUGCCUUCGUUCUUGCACUUUUCUUUGGAUGCGUGUAUGAUCUAUAUUCUCUCAUGAUACCCACCAACUGUCUAACUAACUGUAUGUUACUUUCAUGUAAUUUUACUCUAGUAAAUAACUGUUUACGCUAUCCAUGUCGAAUGGGGAAUCAUAAUCAGGAAAAUUUCCGUACGGGGUCCUCGCGG